UGAAUGUUUUAUCACUAAGUAAAUUAACUUCACUUUUCAUAAGAACUAGAUACAUCUUCUAUCUGCAGUACAGUAAUAUAUCCUGUUUGAUUUUCAAAGUCAAAUUAAUCAAAACUAAAGUUGUAAUAGAUUUAAUUUAAAAGUUAAAGUCAUUCCUAUUAUGUUAAUGGAAUGCUUUGAUCAAACGUAUCUGUUACUUGAUUAUAAACAUUUUAUGAUUAAAUCAUUACUGCAUCACCACACAAAUACCAAACUGUAUUCAUUAUUCUAUUAAAUCUGACUAACGUUUACACAAAAAGUGAUUAAAACUACCCAAUAUCGGUGAGACUAUAAUUUAUGGACGACUUUUCAACGACGUUAAAGUGACCUUGAGAAUGUUCGCCUGAUAAAUAGGACAAAAUGAGGUUGAUACACCAGUGUGAGGAAUUAGAAUUAUGAUGUACAGUUGAUGGUUAAGGUUAGGAAUUACAUUUAGAGUUUUCAUCACGAACUAACAUCACCUAAUAAUGCCAAAACUCUAUUUAGUCAAAUGGAUGGCUGAAUUUUGCGCCAAAAUCCGAGACCUAUUAUCUUAUAUCUGAUUGGUUCGUCUAUAAAUGAUAUUCUCAUCCUUAAUAUCUAGUAUACGAUGUGAAUCUUUUAAACACAAUAAGCAUAUUAUAACUAUGGUCAAGUAAUUUGUGUGUAAAUAGAUGUUCAAAAAGAAAAAGAAAAAAAAGGGAAACAUUAGAUAAUGAUCCCUACCCCAUAUACACCUAUUAAAAUCUUUACAAAAUAACACUUCUCAUUAAAACAAAACAAAUGGGCGUAUACUUUAAUUAAUUUGAACUAAAUUAGUUCAUUUUAAGUGUAAUGUAAAUCUAACCAAUAGAAUAAAGAUCAACAUAAACUAUGCAAUAGAAUAUAAUUUAACAAAGUAAUCAUCUUCCCAAAAGCCAAUUAAAUUAUGUAUAAAUCAACAUUACUAAGGGUAAGCUUCGAGGGUAUAUAAAAUCUUGCUUGAAACAAUUUCAAAGUUGUUUGUUUUUUGUUUUUAAUAAUAAAAUGCUUAUUCCAACAAAACCUGCACCUAAUUUCAAAGGAAAAGCUGUCAUUAAUGGUACAUUUAAACAAAUCACUUUACAAGAUUAUUUGGGCAAAUAUGUUGUAUUAUUCUUUUAUCCUGCAGAUUUUACAUUUGUCUGUCCAACUGAAAUUAUAGCAUAUAGUGAACGCGUUGAAGAUUUUGAAAAAAGAAAUUGUCAAGUUAUUGCCUGUUCAACAGAUUCUGAAUAUUGUCAUUUGGCAUGGACAAAUAUGGAUCGUAAAGCAGGUGGAUUAGGUCCAAUGAAAAUACCACUUUUAGCUGAUACAACAAAAUGUAUUUCACGAUCAUAUGGUGUACUUGAUGAAGAAGAGGGUAAUGCAUUCAGAGGAUUAUUUAUAAUUGAUGGUAAAGGCAUACUGCGUCAGAUAACAGUAAAUGAUCGUCCAGUUGGUCGAUCUGUCGAUGAGACCAUACGACUGUUGGAUGCAUUUCAAUUCGUAGAAAAGCAUGGUGAAGUAUGUCCAGCUAACUGGAAAGCUGGUAAGAAAACAAUUAAACCAGAUCCAAAUGCUAGUAAAGAGUUUUUUGCUUCUACAUAA